AUGGACCACAUCGUGCAAUUUGUAGAGCAUUUGCAGCCAUACGCAGAGGUUGCAACCCCUUUGGAUUUUCACUUCCUUCACGCUCAUGUCGACAAUUUGUCUGCAUCACUUGGAUUGGGCAGUGACCAGCUCUGCUAUGUAUUGUGCCUCUUUGUUGCAUAUCCACUAGCUGUUGUAUACAAGAUCUUGCCUACUGCUAGUCUCAAGCAUAUCUUUGAUAUUGUCAUGGGUAUUAGUAUUGCGCAAUUCGUGCUGGGUUCAGGAUGGAUCCACUCGUUUCUCUCGAGUUUGUUAACGUACUUGAUGGUCAAAUUUGGACCGCGUCAAUACGCCCCCGCCAUUGUAUUUCUAUUCAACAUGCUCUAUAUGUCACUAUCGCAUAUUUACCGACUAUACGUGGAUUACAUGGGCUGGACAUUGGAUUUUACGGGUCCACAAAUGCUUUUGGUUAUCAAACUCACCAGCUUUGCGUACAAUUAUUUCGACGGUACUGUGGACAAAACUUUAGCAACAAAAGGCACUGAAUUGUCUCCAAACAAGAGAAAAAUGUACGAAGGGCGUCAAAAACUUGCUCUUACGGAACUUCCGUCGUUACUUGAAUAUUUUGGCUACGUCUAUAGUUUUACGACGUUCCUCGCUGGUCCAGCUUUUGAAAUUCGGGAGUAUCUAGAUGUUACGAAAGGUACUAAAUUCUUGGUGAACGGCAAAAAGAAACAGCCUUCAAGUGUUUUGGCAGCGUUUUCCAAAUUUCUUGUUGGUUCGAUUUUGAUGGCAGCUUUUGCAGUGUACGGACCAUCGUACCCGUUAUCGAAUCUACACGACUCAAAAAUUGCUGCACAACCAUUAUUGUACCAGCUUCGUGACUUGUACAUUACGCUUGCUUUUUGCAAGGCCAAGUAUUAUUCAGCAUGGAAGAUUGCUGAGGGGGCGACAGUUUUGUGCGGUUUUGGAUUUGAAGGCUUUAAUAAAGAUGGAUCGAGCCGCGGUUGGAAUGGUGUAAGCAAUAUGGACAUUCUAGGCUUCGAGUUUUCACAAAGUAUCCGUGCUGCUUCGCGUGCGUGGAACAAAGGAACGCAAAAUUGGCUAGAGCGCUACGUGUAUACGCGUACAGGCAAUUCGCUGAUAGCCACGUACUUUAUUUCGGCCUUUUGGCAUGGCUUCUACCCGGGUUACUACCUCUUUUUCAUGAGCUUGCCGCUGGCCACGGCUGUGAAUCGUCUGGCAUUCAAGCGCCUGCGUCCACGAUUUAUUGAAUCCGACGGAUCGUUUGGAUUUAAAAAGAAAGUCUAUGAUUUCGUCAGUUACCUGGUUACGCUUGUUGCGAUGCACUACUUCGUCAUGCCGUUCCAGGCCAUGUCGUGGGAAAACUCGAUUGCUUCGCUGAAGAAUGUGCACUUUGCUGGUCAUAUUGCAGCCGUUGUGUUGUAUAUCGUAUUCUCGUGCAUUCCAGUGCCAAAGCUUCAAAAGAAGAUCGAAUAG